UUUAGCUGUAGAGAACUUGACCCGGAAGACAUUUUACGAGGAAAGCAGUUGAUAAUCCGCGAUCAGUCCCCAGACGAAAAACAGAGACAUCAGAACCAGUAACAGUUUUUUCAAGAGCCUUAGCCGCGAGAUCAAAAAUCGUAUCUUUGAGGGCUUCCAUGUCUCUCUUGAACCAGCUUUUCAAUAGAGGUGUCUUUGGCGGAAAAUGCAAAACAAGCUUGAACUUGGCGAUCUCACGCAUCAAACUGCUUCAAAACAAGAGAGAUUUACAGCAGAAACACAUGCGGAAGGAGAUAGCUCAAUUUUUGCAGGCUGGCCAAGAACCUAUUGCUCGAAUUCGGGUUGAGCAUGUUAUUCGAGAACAAAAUAUAUGGGCAGCAUAUGAGAUAUUAGAGCUCUUCUGUGAAUUUAUUCUUGCACGUGUUCCUAUCAUCGAAAGCCAGAGGGAGUGUCCAACAGAACUGCGAGAAGCUAUAGCAAGCAUAAUUUUUGCAGCUCCAAGAUGUUCAGAUGUGCCAGAUUUGUUGCAAUUGAAGAAUUUGUUUAAUGCAAAAUAUGGGAAAGAAUUUGUCUCAGCCAUCUCUGAGCUUCGUCCAGAUUCUGGUGUCAAUCGUACAAUAAUUGAAAAGCUUUCAGUUCAUGCUCCAUCUGGAGAUGUAAGGCUCAAAGUAUUGAAGGAAAUUGCUAGAGAGUUUAAUGUGGACUGGGAUUCUUCUAACACUGAGGCAGAGUUCAGUAAAAGCCAUGAAGAUUUGCUGGGUGGAUCAAAGCAAAUUAGUGCUGCAACUGGAGAUUCUAUAGUUCCCGCAAAACAUGGCUCUUUUAAAUCAACAACUUCGAUUGAGGCAUCACAAUCAAUUACGCCUACCCAUGGCAAACAAGAACCUCAGCACCUACAAGUUCCGAAAUCUUUGAGUAAAAUGCCUUCCUUUGGUACUAAUGAAAUUCAACCAUCAAUUAGAGAUGAUGAUGCACCACCGGCAAUUGAUUUCAAACAUGAGACAAGACCACGAUCAUCUGAUGUCCUGGAGAGAGCUCGAGCUGCCAUUGCCUCUGCAGAGCGUGCAUCAGCUGCGGCCCGAGCAGCUGCAGAGUUGGCGAAUGUUCAAUUUUGAUCACCGAAGGUAGAAGGAAGAUCAUCAUAACGUGAAAGAAAACAAAGAAAGAGAGAGAUUAAGCUCUAAGCGUCCUUUGAUUUCACUGUGGUGACUUCUCCAGAUGGUGAAAAGAAACAACAGGGAAAAGAAAAUAUACUUGUGGUAAAUUUUACUUUCCGCUAGCUACUAAAGAAAGUGUUUGAGAUUACUCUUUACAGAUGAUUUAUAUUUCUCUAAUGAUUGUGAAUAAUUGAGAUCUUCUUUUUCAUUAAUAUUUGGAUACUAUCAGUGUACAAUUGAUUAAUGUUAAUAUUCUUGAGGAUCAUCCUUCUUUAUUUAUUA